AUUCUACUUCUUCCUCUCCACGCUGCUAACAAGAACAAGACCGACGACGAGAACAAGGACUUCGAGGCUCCGAAUUGAUCGCCGCGCGCAACGAGAUGUCUUCCCCCGGAGAGUACUACAAUUCACUUCCACCAAUAAGCAAGGCAUUUGGGACAUUGUGUUUCUUUACCACAGUGCUGGUUCAGAUCCAAAUACUGAACCCUGCUCUUCUUUAUUUGUCUUAUUCCGAUGUGUUCAAGAAUUUUCAGAUAUGGAGGCUAAUUACAAGCUUCUUUUUCCUGGGCAAGUUCUCCAUCAACUUUGGUAUCCGCCUUCUGAUGAUAGCAAGGUAUGGUGUGCAGUUGGAGAAGGGUACAUUUGAGAAGCGUACAGCAGAUUUCUUGUGGAUGAUGAUAUUUGGUGCAAUCUCCCUACUGGUACUUUCUGCUGUUCCCUUUCUCCAGACUUAUUUCUUGGGUGUUCCUAUGGUUAGCAUGCUUCUUUAUGUCUGGAGCAGAGAGUACCCAAACUCUCAAAUAAGCAUGUACGGCCUCGUCCAAUUGAGGUCCUUUUAUCUACCAUGGGCUAUGCUUGGAUUGGAUGUGAUAUUUGGAUCCCAAAUACUGCCUGGCCUUUUGGGCAUUCUGGUUGGACAUUUGUACUACUUCUUUUCAGUCUUGCAUCCGCUAGCCAGUGGAAAGAACUACCUCAAGACUCCAAUGUGGGUACACAAGAUUGUUGCUCGAUUCAGGAUAGGUGUGCAGGCGAACGCUACGGUCCGACCAGCCAACACCGGCCCUAGUGCCUUCAGAGGAAGAGGAUACAGGCUCAAUCAGUAGGCUCGACUUGGAGAAGCAGAAACCAACAAAUGGUGCGACGCCCGGCGGUGUAGAAGAGAGACAUGAACAGGUUAACCUAGACUCAGCCUAUACUGUUUGGCAGCUCUAGGAACUGAAGUUUGAUUUCCCACCUCACGAGGAAUGUUGAAUCUGUAAUGUUCUCGUCGAAUCACUAGUGUACAUUUUACAUUGUAUCAGUUCCUUGGAAGUACUGCUGCCUGUCUUUUCUGUCAUUUUUGGAGGAAAAGCUGCUUAUAUGA